AUUUCCUUCCCUCCAUGUGUCAAUUGCAAGAACUUCUCGAAGAUGGUUGGCGGCUAUCUGUUGACACCAUUAAGCUGCAGUUCUCGAGAUUUUCUUCAGAUUUCCGUUAGAAGCCAGUUGAAAACCCCCAAUUCCAUCCGUCUUCGUUGAUCUUCGAGCUUCUUGUGGAGAAUGAUGGUCUCAUUGCUUGAUUCUCAAAUUACGGCUUCUCCUUUCCGUUAUUCCUCCUCAACGAGCAUUCAGAGGUCGCAUGUCCAUUGCAAGCGGUUGAUUAGAUUGAAUCACUUUCAAAACGGCAUCGAUUGCUCACUUGAUCAAACUCCGAUCGGCCAACUUUCUGAAGGGGUGUGUGAGAAAUUGACGGAUUCAGUGGUCGAUUUCAGGCUACAGGAUAUCGCCGCUGAAUAUAUGUCCACCGCGGAGAAAUCUAACUCGCCGGAUUUUUCAACCGAUCUGCUUGAACUUUCAGGGGAUUUGUCCGAUAUAUCCAGCUUUAAUUCGGACAUCUCCGUCGAGCUUCAGCGGGUAGCGUCAUUUUUCGAUGGCGAUGUCUUAUAUGCGGAUUGUGAUGAAAAGGGAGCGAACGGUUUGGGUGUAGGGUUCCUUGCCUCCAUCUCAACCAAAAUCCUCGAGAGUGGGUCGCUGGAAUUCGUAAAACCGGUGGUGAGAUCCUGCGUGGAGACCCUAGGGACGUCUUCUGCUUCGCCGGAGGAGAAACGAGGAGCAGCAAGUAAGCUCCGGCUUCUGGCCAAGCACCGAUCAGACUUCCGCGAGCUAAUCGGCACAUCCGGCGCGAUCCAAACCCUAAUCCCUCUUCUCUGCAGCGCCGACUCUAUCGUGCAGGAGAACGCCGUCACAUCACUCCUUAACCUCUCUUUGGAAGAAUCCAACAAAAACCCCAUCAUCGUCGCCGGAGCCAUCAAACCUCUGGUCUAUGCACUACGCACCGGUACGGUGACCUCGAAGCAGAACGCGGCAUGCGCACUGUUGAAUCUAUCGAUGAUCGAGGAAACCCAAAUCACGAUCGGGGUAUGCGGCGCGAUCCCCCCGCUGGUUUCACUUCUGGUGAACGGAUCGAUCAGGGGUAAGAAGGAUGCCCUAACGACGCUUUACAAACUAUGCGGUGCACGGCAGAACAAGGAGCGUGCGGUGAGCGCGGGGGCGGUGACGCCGCUUGUCGCAUUGGUGGCGGAGGGUAUGCGUGGUACGGCGGAGAAGGCGAUGGUGGUUUUGAGCAGAUUGUCGGAGAUAGAGGAGGGGAGAGAAGCGAUUGUGGAAGAAGGUGGGAUUCCGGCUCUUGUGGAGGCUAUGGAAGUCGGGCCUGCGAUCUGGAAAGAGUUUGCUGUGAUUACGCUGCUCCAGCUCUGCAGAGAUUCUGAGCUCAACCGAGGGCUGCUUGUGAGAGAAGGAGCUAUUCCGCCGCUUGUCGCGCUCUCGCAGUCUUCGUCCUCCCCCGCAAAGCACAAGGUUAGUUUUCGCCGCAGGUGAUCUCCGUCGCCGGCGUUUUGAUGGCGACCGAAUCUUUUCUUUUUAAUUCUCUUUGUUUCUUGCUCCGAGUGCUUAUAUUUUUCCUACACAAAAUAAUUUUUUAAGUUCGAAAACGCCGUACGAAAUAAUCCCACUCUUUAAUAUUUAAAAAAAAAAUGUGGAUAAGAACAUGAUAUCCUGAUCGUAAUUUUACCGAAAUUAUUUUGUACCGACUUUAUGGAUUAAACCACCUGAUUGCAAAAUUCACUGCACAAAGGAUUUUCAUCAUCACCCCUAUCAAAAAAAAAAAAAAAACAAAAAAAAUCUAUAUACUCAAAUAGUCUUACAACAAAUUUGAGGUGUUAACAUAAAAAAUUAAGAAAAACAA